AUGCCUCCUCGCUUCGUCACACCCGCUGCACCAAAGUGCCCCCGCUGCACAAAGUCCGUCUACAGCGCGGAACAAAUCAUCGGACCCAACGGUGCAGCAUGGCACAAGGCAUGCUUCACUUGCCGCGAAUGUAACCGACGACUGGACUCCAACAUUCUCGCAGAGCACGAAGGCGAGGCAUUCUGCAAGACUUGCCACAAGAAGAUGUGGGGUCCUACAGGAUACGGAUAUGGCGGUGGACUUUUGGUUCGCGAGGAUCCCGAGAGUCAGUUCAAGCAGAGCAUCGGUCGCCCUCCAAACAGCACCGGCAGCCAAAACAACGAUAACGAUAACACCAACACCAACAGCGGUUCAUAUGCCACGCUCGAUGAAGUGGCCUACAACAACACUGGCGGAAGCAACCGGUCGGCUGGUCGAGGACACAACGACAGCAAUAGCAAUAGUGGUGAGACAGAGGAAGAGAGACGCGAGCGACUCACACCCGUCAACGCAACUCUCAAGAAGAGGAACUCGCUUGAAAUGAUCCGGGACCAGGCCGAGGCCUCCCGCAGAGCUUACGAUGAGGCUCACAACCAACGAAUUGCCAGCAAGUAUGGCAAGGUCACUGCCAACUCGACAGGAGGUUCGACAGCCAGUGCUGGUAGCCGGUCUGACCUUCACCUCGGCGGAAGCAACAGUCACCUGCAUGCGCAGUCUGGAUACAUCUCUGCGGGAUCUGACACCUCAUCUGCCUUUGGAUCGACCAAGGCCACUACUUCUUCCCCUGCUCCAUCGUUCUCAUCCAUCUCCUCGACCACAUCCAGCCAGCCUGCCACAAAGUCUUUGUUCUUGAACCAAUCUUACAGGACCACCUCUUCAGCCUCGACUGCCAGCUAUCAGGAUGCAGAGUCGGACUAUGCUAAAAGUCGCCAGGCUUUGAACUUCCAGACUGGUGCACCUGCUCCCGUCUCUUCUGGACCUCCUUCGCUCCCCAAGAGAGCUCCUGAGCCUGUCAUGGAAUCCAUUAGGGAACCUACACCCACCCAACAGUACCAGGACGAGCAACGUGCUGCUGAUGAUGACUUUGAGGACUACAUGCCUAUCCGUGUUGUUGCCCGCAAGGAGGAGCCCGCCCCUGCUCCUGCUCCGACAGCAGCGUCCGCAGUCGAGGAGGAUGAAUGGGACGCAGCACCUGCCCAGAAGCAGCCUGAGCAGCCCAUUUAUCGUUCCCAGUACUUGAGACAGCAGGACAAACGUGAACAUGAGCAACGCGAACAAGCACAGCGUGAACAGGAAUACCUUGACCGAGCACGCGCCGCCUCAUCAGCAGUUCCUGCACAAGUGUCGUCCUCGUCGGCGUCCUCUGUCUCUUCGACUCCUACGUCUUCAGCUCGUCUUAACCGCCUCAUCAACGAGACGGACAAGUUGACCUUGAACGAUCAGGAGCAACGUCAUGCCCAGCCUGCUUCUUCUGCGGCUGCUGGUAGUAAUGUUGACGAGUGGGACGAGGAUCCUACCCCCACCAUGCCCUCCAAGCCCCAGAACUUAAGCUACUCUGCUGCGCGCAAUGUGUCUCCUGCCGCUACUCGUACCUGGACACCCACUGCCAACACUGCGUCCGAGACUACCUCCCAGCCUAGCAGCACCAAUCACUCGCGGAUAUCCUCUGCCGAACUCAACAACCCCACCGCCACCAGCCCUGUGAGCAGCCAGCCUACGCUGACACCCAAGACCAGCUACUACCGAUCGGGAGGACUCAUGACGCCAAAGAAGAUGACUACGUCGUUUGGCGGUGGAGGAGAUAUCUGCCCACGCUGCCAAAAAACCGUCUACCAUGCCGAGUCGGCCCUUGCCCCUGGCGGAGCCAAGUACCACAAAUUGUGUCUGCGCUGUGUUGAGUGCUCCAAGUCGCUGGAUUCGACCAACAUGACGGACCGUCAGGGCACACCCUACUGCAAGACUUGUUAUUCGAAGUCUUGGGGCGCUAAAGGGUAUGGGUACAAUAGUGGUGCCUCUGGGCUCCACACCGAGGUGUGA